AGGAGCCAAGAACGAAUGGGAGAGGUAGGAGGAGGCUGUGCCACUACUACCCAGGGAGAACUUGUUUGGGCUGGCAGUGUGGCCUUUUGAGAGGACACUGGGGAAGACAGCAGGGAAGCUGGGGUGUGAGGGAAGCUGGCACUGCCCAUGGAGCCUGGCAUGGCUCUGGUGUUGUCAGUGCUCCCUCUGAUUUGGUUGAGCAGGUUGCUGUGCCAGGAGUUAGGUGGAGAGAUAAAGGAUGCUUUCUUUGGGAGAAUAGACUCCUUUCUGCCAGGCCCUCCUUCCCAUUCCCUCUUAGGCAUCUGAAUGGCAGAUGGAGUACCCCGUGAGGACACAAUGGAGGAAGCCUGCUAUGGCUAAGACCCCCAAGGAAGAAGAGUGGUGAGCCCUGCUGGCCUCCAGCCAUUCCCCCGCGGAAGCUGGCGGUAUCCUCUAGCCUGGUCUGAGGCCAGCAAUGACGGUGAGAGAGAAGGUGUUGCUUUGAAGGACAAUCUCCUCCAGCACCUGUGGUGACAUGCUCCAGCCCCUGAAAUUUUUAACUUUAAGCUGCCCUAUGCAAGAGUCUUCAGUAGCACUGGAUUUCCCCAAUUCCUGGGUAGGCAGAGGCUAUAGGCCAUCAUGCUGGACGAUCUGGAGAAACUGUGUCUGUGGGUAAAGUCAGAGAGACUAGCUGGCUCUAAGAGAUAAGGCCUGCUCAUAGGAAGUCCAUCCUGGGCGGAGCUACGCUGGGCUGGGGGAGUUCUGAUCUCGACAUCUCUGGAAGUGGACGGCAGUUUCAGAAGAAGCAGGGUUUCCACAGGAGAAGAGAAAGCAAGAGGUCUUCGGUCAGCACGGUGCUGGUGGAGACUGAAGACAUGGGGUCCCUGGAGUUACAGGCAAUUGUGAGUCACAGACAGGCGAUGGGGACCGGGCCCUCUCCAAACGCAGUAAGUAACAUGGCCCAAGGCUUGAUUGAAGUGGAGCGAAAGUUUACUCCAGGGCCUGACACGGAAGAAAGGCUGCAGGAGUUGGGGGGCACCCUGGAGCACCGGGUCACCUUCCAAGACACCUACUAUGAUACUUCUGAGCUGAGCCUUAUGCGGUCUGAUCACUGGCUGCGACAACGAGAAGGUAGUGGAUGGGAGCUCAAAUGCCCUGGAGUAUCAGGUAUCUCAGGAUCCCACAACGAGUAUGUCGAGCUCACAUCGGAAUCGGCCAUUGUGGCCCAGCUGUUUCAACUGCUUGGGGCUGAGGAGCUUGGGACUGCCGGUGUGGCUGCUGUCUUGGGUUCCCUGAAGCUGCAGGAAGUAGCUAGUUUCGUGACUACGCGAAGUUCCUGGAUGCUGGCCUUGUCUGGAGCCAGUGAAGAGGAGCCGAAGCUCAGAGUGGACUUGGACUCAACAGACUUCGGCUAUGCUGUGGGUGAGGAGUGCCAGCACAGGAAACGGCACCUGCCAAGCUCAUGGUAUACCUACAGCGCUUCAGGCCUCUGGACUAUCAGCACCUGCUCGAGGCAAACAGUUGCAGUGAAGCCACAGGGGACUCGACAUCCUGACCGUUUCUGGGAGCAGGGCUCACUCUCUAUAAGGGAAGGGAACUCUCCGAAGCUGUCAUCCACACCUGGACCCACCGUGCCCUUCCCUUCCAACAGGGCCACUUUUGUCUCCGGUUCCGCCUGGUCUUUCACCCAUCCUCAGCUGCCCUUCUUUUGAGCCCUCCCUCACUGCCUCUCUCAUCCGUCAGAUGCAAUCUGUGGGCCGCCCCUCUCCCCUGGCCGCUAAGCAGCCUCCAUUGAUUUCCGCUCGUGUUUAUAGGAUUUCCACUUAGCUGUGAUCAGUAGUUAAGCACAGGAAAAUCCCUUGCCACCCCCCCCUCCCGUGGUCGAUGCCAUUGAUUCUGCCAGCAGCUCUGAAGCUGCCUUACAGCUGAGUUAGAGAUGCGGGAAGCAGCAGGGAUUCCCCUGCCUUGGGGGGUAGGGAAUAGCAACAAGGCCAGGAACCGGCUGGGAACUUCUGUUAGAGAUCUGGAACUCUGCUGGGUCUGCCACUGUGCCCAGAGGGUAGAGUGCCCUAGGUGGCAGUUUAGAAACAAAUUUGCUCUCCAACCCAGAGACGGAGAGAAAGAAAAUCAUUGUUAAGACAGGUUCCUGGGGUCUCAGGAAGUCAUACAUCCUGUGGAGAAGGCUCUACCCUCGCUCCUACACAUUUUCUUUCUCACUAGGUCAAAACAUGCCUUUCUGCCCUGCUCAGCUUUCAUAGGCUGUCAGUCUCUCAGACUGUAGAGGCAAACACAGGGCCAGAGUGCCACCUGCUGUUAGCCCUCAGGGCUUUUGUUCCCAGCGGAGGGUGCAGACGGAUUUCAGGUGAGCUGAGGCAGUUAGGAGGCAACGUUUUAACAAUCUAGAACUCCACUUGGCUUAAGCCGCGCACACCUCUAACAGUGGAUGCACUUGGCACCCUAGGAUCGUGACUAAGUCCCCACAGCCUUCUUAUGGCGCAGGUGCACCUAGGGCCCCCUCUGCACUCUACGGAGUGGCAUGUGUGUCCACUUGGAACAAUGGAAUAAGUCUCUCCUCCCCCAGCAGCCAUCAAAAACUCCCCUUCGCGGACAGUUUUCAUUCAAAUAUUUCAGAACAUAUCCGCGUACAGAAAGCAGGGAGCUGAUUGGGCCUAGCUGGGUUUUGAGCGCAAGCAGAGUAAGGAAGACUGUGUCCUUUGGGUGAACUUUGAAGAAGAAUCCCCUAUUUAUCAUCCUGUGCCUUAUGAAGAACGAGGAUAUGAUUAAAAAACCAGAUGCAUCAUGGGAAGGGUCAUGCACAGUGAGGAAAAGCUUACAGAAUCCAAGCCUGUCAAUCAAAAUAGAGAACCACUCAAAUUAUGCCACUUAGCAAUGAACUCCUUCCCCUAAGACCCCAUUAAAGAAGCACCAGGCAAUAACCCUGGACCCUCGAGUUCUGUGGCCGUUGCUCUUCGCAAUGUAUUUAUGAUUUGUACCGCCACCGCUUUUGAAUAAAGCUUCCUUGCUAUUUGCAA